CAGGAAAAAAGAGCUCAAAAAAAAUAAAGAGCAAUGGGUAGACUGAAAGCGGGUCAGAGUAUGUAUAAGCCGCAACCACUCCCACAAGCCGUGAGAGUCAAACCCAAUACCAAAACCAAAACCAAAUCCCCUCCCUCUCGUACGAGAACAAGAAAAUCAAAAUUAAAUCUAUACAAGAGAAAGAAACAGAAACAGGAAGACGAAGACGAAGAGGAGACUAACGGUAAUAACAACAACAACAACAACAACAACAACAGCAACGAUGACGACCUUGUUACAGUGGCAGUGGUGCCCGCCACCGGUGACGUGUCCGGAGAAGUUCCGGGCCCACUCUCACUACUCCGGAAGUUUCCAAACAAUUCCUCUGCCAACAGCAAUAAUCUCAACCAACUCGCUCCGGCGACGCGUGAACUCUACGCGAAGACGGCGGAGUCUUUGAAGAAGCUGUUGGUUUCGGAGCUUUCGCCGUGGUCUGGAGACGUGGAAACGAUGGUGGCAUCGGCGAACAGGGCUUUCGAAACCUUGGAUUGGCUUCAACCAGAUUACACUGAGUUCUACGACGCCGUUAGGGCUGUCCUCUCUCGCCGCGCUCAGCUCUCAUAUUUCGAGACCGAGCUCCGAACCCACCAAAACGAGGAAUCCGGCGCCGUUUCGUCUUUUCAAGCUCGGUUGAAAGAAGCGGUGGAAGCGGUGGCUAGAUCCGAAGCCGAGUAUUGGAAAGCCAUAGAGCGGGUUAGUGGUCUGAAGAAUCGGGUUUCGGAAAUCCGAAAAGCGCUGAAAAAUCUCGAGCUUGAAUCUGCGUGGGGAGAAGAGGUAGUGCUUGCUGAUCGGAAAAGAGAAUGGGAACAAUGCCUUGAGUCUCACUUGGCUAUUAAGAAGGAAGAGAGAGAGUUGGCUGAUCAAAUGGAGGAGAAGCAAAAGACCAUCGAAAAGAUCAAGCGGCUUCGCGAUGAGGCCGAUGCUGGUGUUCAAGGCUCUAUAAAGGCUUUGUCUUCUCUCUGCUAAAACAAUUGUACUUUGUGCUUUUUCACAGGCUGGUGGUGAUCGAUGACAACUUGGCUUUAGCAGCUACUACCAUGUUUUUGAUUGCUUUUUUGAUAGAGAGAAGACAGCUUUUGAUAAUAUCUAUUUUCUACUUUCUUUGUAUAUAACUCAAAUAACUUGGAUAGUAUAGAGGCUUCUCUUUCUCAGGCUUGUACUGGGAGAUGUGCAUAAUGACAAUAUUUUGUAACCCUCUCUUUUGUUAAUGCAAUUUCUGACUGUUAGUUUCU